AUGGAUGGUGUGUGGGUUUACUACGAAGUCUCAUCUGCGCCUUGCUGGAAAGCUUUUAGCCGCUUGGACCAGUCGCGGCUGGAAGACGCCCGAGCAGAAGCAGCGUGCACCACUGGGGAUGGAGCAGAGGAUGACGGAGAAGAGGAGGAGGCCAGCCCCCCACUGCAGCCCUUGCCGGACCUGCCCGCCGCUCACCCUUCCGCCGUGGUCUUCUUCGGCCGCGCGGAGUCUUCUUGUUCGGUGCCGGUCGCAGCCGCGGGGUGCUGCGGGAACGCUACGGCGGCGGGCUGUUGGAGCGGCACGGGCCAUUUCAUGUGA